UCAUUAUCGCGAUAUUUAAUGCACCUGCAAAACUGAACCCUAAGUGAUCAGUCAUGUCCCUCCUCCGCCGCAUUGUACGAAAUUCGACCGUAUCAAAGGCUGUUCCGGUUGCGAAGGCGUUCAUGCCUUACCCACUAGGAAGAGAUCCUUCCUCACUCCCAAAGCUUGAUCCGGUAUCCAUCAGCUAUAUCGAUAGCCGCCCAAUUUCUCUGCGCUACAGAGUCAGGGCAAUGAUCGAGAUGUCUAAUCUCGACGAAGCCUCGAAGCUCUCGCGGCUAGCUGUCUUGAACGGAUUUCUAGUCGACAGAGACACCGUCUUCAUCUGCAAUUCCGUAAUCGGCGCCAUGUGUAGCGCCAAACGGUACGACGAUGCCAUCUCUCUGUUCAAUUACUUUUUCAACGAGUCUCAGACUCUUCCAAACACGCUCUCCUGCGAUCUCAUCAUCAAAGCACACUGCGACCAAGGUCACGUCGACGAUGCUCUUGAGCUCUACCGUCACAUUUUGCUCGACGGACGUGUAGCUCCAGGGAUCGAGACAUACAUGAUACUCGCGAAAGCCUUGGUUGAUGCUAAAAGAUUCGAUGAAGCUUGUGUUUUGGCGAGAUCCAUGAGCUGUUGUAGUUUCAUGGUCUACGACAUUCUAAUUCGCGGGUUCUUGGAUAUAGGGAAUUUCGUAAAGGCUAGCCAAAUCUUCGAGGAAUUGAAAGGACUGGAUAGUAAACUUCCAGGGAGAGAAUAUCACAAGGCAAAUGCAAUCUUUAAUGUUUCGUUUAUGAACUAUUGGUUCAAGCAAGGCAAAGAUGAGGAAGCUAUGGAGAUUCUCGCAAAUCUGGAAGAUGCUCAAGUGCUGAACCCCAUUGUCGGAAACAGGGUUUUGCAAGUUCUGGUGAAGCACGGUAAAAAAACAGAGGCCUGGGAAUUGUUUGGAGAGAUGAUAGAAAUUUGUGAUUCCGAGACUGUUGACAUAAUGUCCGAGUAUUUUAGUGAGAAGACUGUACCAUUCGAGCGGCUUAGGAAAACGUGUUAUAGGAAGAUGAUCGUGAGUCUCUGCGAGCAUGGAAAAGUGUCAGACGCAGAGAAACUCUUCGCCGAGAUGUUUACCGAUGUUGACGGAGGGGACUUGUUGGUGGGGCCUGACCUUUUAAUAUUCAGAGCAAUGAUCAAUGGUUAUGUUUCAGUAGGGAGAGUGGAUGAUGCUAUCAAGACCUUGAACAAGAUGCGGAUUUCAAAUCUCAGAAAGCUUGCUAUUCAUCAAGCCCCAUAAGUUGGAUUUGGUGGCUAUGUCUCAAAACUUAAGAAUCAAAACUGCGAUAAUGGAGUAAGAGAUGAAGAGGCAAUUGCGGAGGCAGAGAUUCGGCGAAGUUCAGAGGAGGUCAUUUUGGCGCUUUCAAUUGGAUUAGAGAUGCAGAGCACUGGAGAAGGAAAUUCCAAGAUUGUCGUUUUCACUGGGUGCCAAGGCAGCAUAACAAACCGGCUGAUUUACUCGCUAAACACAAUAUGUUUCGAAAUACAAAGUUCAUGUUUUUCUCUCAUAUUUCAAAUGUAAUAUACACAGUGUUUUGGAUUUUUUCAACUAAUAUCAAUAAGAAGA